UUGUUUUGCUGUUCCCCCUCUGCCCUCACGAAGGAUUAGGAGGGAUCAGAGCCUUUAAGCGGCCUCUGCUCUCCUUUAAUUCCUCCACCCCGAACCAGAAGCUCCUGAACUCGGGAAUAUCCAGGGAAAACCCCCCCAGGAUUGACCAAAUUCCCUCUUUUUGUGCUUUGCAGCCCUCAGCCCGGGGAUGGUGCCAGCAUGAGGAGGUGCUGCCAGGGCGUGGGGCUGCCAUGCCUGUUUAAGGGUGUGGGCAUGGCCGGGGCGCGGCCGCCGCGGUUCCUGCUGGUGUUUGACUUUGACGAGACCAUCGUGGACGAGAACAGCGAUGAUUCCGUGGUGCGGGGCCGGGCUCUGCCGGAGCCGCUGCGCCAAAGCCCCGCGGGCGGCUCCUACAACGAGCACAUGCAGCGCGUGCUGGGCUACCUGGGCGAGCAGGGCGUUCGCCCCGCCGACUUCAGAGCCGUCUACGAGAACAUCCCGCUGUCCCCCGGCAUGGCCGAGCUCUUCCAGUUCCUCUCCAAGCACCAGGAGCUCUUGGAGCUGGUGCUCAUCUCGGACGCCAACACGUUCGGCAUCGAGGCCAAGCUGCGGGCGGCCGGGGUGCGCUCGCUCUUCAGGAAAAUCUUCAGCAACCCGGCCAGCAUCGACCGCCGCGGGCUCCUCACGCUGGGGCCCUACCACAGCCACAGGUGCCCGCAGUGCCCUCCCAACAUGUGCAAGGGCAAGAUCCUGGGCGAGUACCUGCAGGAGCGCGCCCGCCAGGACGUGGAGUUCCAGCGCGUUCUCUACGUGGGGGACGGAGCCAACGAUUUCUGCCCCGCGGGGACUCUGACGGCGGCGGACGUGGCUUUCCCCAGGAAGGGUUAUCCCAUGCACAGGCUGAUCCAGGAGAGGCAGGAGAAGCAGCCCGGAGCUUUCCAGGCUGCUGUGGUGCCCUGGGAAUCGGCCACGGAGGUGGCGCGGUACCUGCAGGAGCUGCUCAGGAGGAAAUGCUGAGGGAUUCGGG